AAAGCAAGUACAUAAUCAAGCACUGUCAUUUUCUAGUUUUACACCUUUCCCUUUGUUAAUAAAACUGAAUCUCAAUAACCCGUGUCAAUGGAUUAACGAAGUUAGGAGUUUAGCUGCAUGUCAAGCUACACAAUACCCCAGGGUAACACGUAGUGAGGACAGAACAAUUUUUGUAACAAUUAUUUUCAAAGUCAAACUGUGCACAGUAGUAACGUGAUCCUGUGAUAGACAGAAAUUUUGCAGCCUAACUAAACUCUCCGCCCAGAUUACAUCACAUCAGGAAGCAUCUGCAGGAACAUCUACACGCACAGCAGCUAUCAACAACACCAGCAUUGACAACAGCAUUGAUAUUAUUUAUAAACGUGAAUUCAGAGGAGCUGACUGAGUUAGCAACCAGAAAUCAUCAAUAUGGCCUUAACUUAUGGUGACAUAACAAAAGUUGAAACCACUGGAGCAUCGGAGGCAACAGCCAAACAAGACAAACUGACAGAGAAAGGUGUUGCAGCGUCUCAUAAAAUGGCCCAGACUGACUAUGCAAAGAUGCAGAAGUACAAAGCAAUUAUAUUGAGUGCUGCAGCGAAAGCAAAAGUAGAUCCUGCUUUAAUCUGUGGGAUAAUAUCAAGGGAAACUCGUGCUGGUGCAGUGCUCAAGGACGGCUGGGGAGAUCAUGGCAAUGCAUUUGGCCUAAUGCAGGUAGAUAAAAGAUAUCAUACUCCAAAAGGAAAAUGGGACAGUGAAGAACAUUUGGAUCAAGCAGCUGGUAUCCUUGUUGACUUCAUUUUGGAUUCUAGAAAGAAAUUCCCUUGCUGGACCCCAGAGCAGCAGCUAAAAGGGGGCAUUGCAGCUUACAAUUGUGGUUUAAAAAGAGUUGACAACUAUGCGCACGUUGAUUUGCACACUACCGGGAAGGACUACUCCAAUGAUGUGGUUGCCAGGGCUCAGUGGUUUAAGAAGAAUGGAUUUCAAUAAUAAAUGUGUUCCAUGUCCAGAUUUCUGUUGGAUUACUUUGUUUAUGCAUUCAAUAAAGUGUGGCAAGUCAAAAUAAAAAAA